UCUGGGUACUGCAGGCUGAAGUGGUGUCAACUCAAGAAGAAAAAAAAGGCCGGCCCCAAGACGGACCAACAGACGGGAGGGGUUUUUUUAGUUUUUUUUUCUGAUUACUAUUCAACCCAGCAACAAAACACCACAAACACAGGGGCCCCGGAUGCGGGUUUGCCGCAUCGUGCAGCUAGGUUCUUUUGGUCCCCCCGUGACAUGUUUCUUCGAUUGGGUGCUUUUCCUUCCGUCUCUCGCUGUGGACAUGGGCCUUUUUUCUUCAUUUUUUUCCCUUCCUUCUGGGGUCUUCGCGGGGGAAGUCUAGGUGUCCGCGGAGCGAAGACAGGUUAUAUACACCGUCGACCUACCGGUCUCGCAGAAAAUCCUGGCUGGACUUGCCCAGCCAUGUAAGUUGGAGGUUAGAAGCUGGCUUGUUUUUCUUAAUCCCGAAUCAAGAAAAUCAAAUCCCUUCUGCUGAUCACUUCGCACCACGACGAACGGCCCGCCUCUUGAGAGACCGGGGGAAGGGCAUCUUUCUUGUCUUACCUGCUCUUACUGCAUUACUUUGCUCCAUCUUCUCUGUUUUGACACUUCAUAUCCUCGCCCGCUCGCAUAAUACCCUGUUCGUCUUGUGCACCUCCCUCCUCGGCAGGACCAUCCCGGAGUGCGGUUAGCAACAUAUCUCCCCUUGAGAGACACUAAAAGAAGAAGGAGAAAAAGAAAAGAGAUGGCACGGAUUCGGGUAGACAUCUACUCGGACACCGGGUGUCCCUGGUGCUACAUCGGCAACAAGUACCUGGAUCUCGCCAUCGAGCAGUACUCCAUCAGACACCCGGACGCCGUCUUCGAGCUGGCCUGGCACCCCUUCUUCCUGUUCCCCAACGCCAAAGUCUCUGGAUACAAUAGAGCGGACCUAUACCACAAGAUCAUGGGGCCCGACCGCGCCGCCGGCUGGUUCCGCAGCCUCGACGCCGCCGCCGGGCCGCUGGGCAUCCGGUUCGACUGGAGCGGCCGGACCGGCCACACGAGCGACUCGCACAAGCUGCUGCUGCGCGCCUCGGACCUCGGCAGGGCGGCGUCGCUUCGGAUCGGCGGCGGACUCUUGCAACAACAACAACAACAACAACAACAACAACAACAACAGCAGCAGCAGCAGCAGCAGCAGCAGCAGCAGCAGCAGCAACCUGGCACUGCCGCCGACCAACCCAGCAGCGACGACGGGGAAGCCACGUCUUACCCCUCGCCGCCCCGAGACGACGGCGACGAUGACGACGACGACGGUGAGGAUGGCGACGACGACGAUGAGGAUGGCGACGACGACCGCGGCGACGACAACAACACCAACAACACCAACAAUACCAACACCAACUACAAUCACAGCAACAACAGCGCCCCGCUCCGCCGCCUCCUCCGGCACGUGUUCGAGGGCUCGUUCGAGAGGGGCCGCGAUGUGUCGGACCGGGCAUUCCUGGCCGAGGCGGCCGUGGCGGCCGGGGUGGCGGCCGACACGGCCGAUGCGCUCGGCUGGCUCGACCACCCGGGGUCGGCGGCGCGGCUGGCGGCGGGGACCGCGACCGCGUCGGCGGGAGCGCCGGGCGUCGCGGCCGUGCCGUCCUUUGUCGUCCAGGGCAAGUUCAAAGUCGGCGGCGCCCAGCCGCCCGACGUCUUCCUCGCGCUGUUUGACCGGUUGGGUGGGGAGGGGAAGGCGUGAGGGGGGGAAAGGAAAGAGAAAAGGAGAGAGAAAAGGAGAGAGAAAAGGAGAG